AUGGAAGAUAACAAUUCUCUCAAGGAUUACUAUAAGAUUCUACAAGUUGAUUAUGAUGCGAAUGAGGAGAUGAUCAAACUGAAUUAUCGGAAGCUUGCAUUGAAGUGGCAUCCUGAUAAGCACAAUGGUGAUACUGUGGCUACUUCGAAAUUUCAAGAGAUAACUGAAGCCUAUUAUAAUGUGCUAAUGGACCCUGCUUUACGUUUUGAGUAUGAUUUUAACCGGUAUUUACGAGAUUCACAAAUAUACUUUGCGGAUAAACCGAUUCUUAUAAUGUUAACGCAGGAAUAUCUCGCUAGAUUUAAAGGAAUGAUACUCACUUGCAAUGGACUUGGCAUCACUUACUCCUCGUCACCAUGGACACAACAAUUGGCGGAAUGCAAUAACACGACAGAUGAGCAAGGUUUUGAUCUGGUUUACUCUGUUUUCCGCUAA